AUAGGUUUUUCUCUUUCUGCUACAAGUUUCAUCCACCAAAAGGUCAAGCGGUAUCCCUUGUCAACAGCUUUUUAACUAGCAAAACCUGGCAAGGGUUUUAUCGUCUUGACCAGCUUCAUGCUCACGCUUAGUCCUGGUUCGGUCUGCGAUGUGUGCGCAGAAGAGUACGGCCCGCAUUGUGUUCCUCAUUCCAUCCCAUGCGGUCACGUCCUCUGCUGGAGUUGUUGCCAUAAAAUCAUACAAAAGACACCGCCUCAUCUCCAAGCUGCCUGUCCUUUCUGUUACAGUCGUUUCAUUAGCGACAAUGUGCGUUUGAUCCGCAUUGACUUUUCAGAAAGCGGAUGGGCCGGUCCUCGAAAGGAAGACCGGGGUCCCUUCGUCGAGCCAGAUUUCUCGCAUCCACACGCAGAGGCUCGUAGGCUGGAGGAUAAAGUGGCCAGGGUAGCUGCUAGAAAAUGCACAGUGGAAGAGGUUUCGACUUUACACAACGAGCUCCAAGACUGGCUGGGUCAUGACAAGAGUUUUCUCGACCAGCUUUCUUCUCUAUCCCUGAGUGCUGCGCUGCUCAGGGCGAUUUUGAUGAAUCACUUCGCUCAUUCAGAAGCUACGAAAAUGGCAAAGGGAGUCCAAGCUACCCUAAAAGGGAAGCUAGCCGACAUGGAAUUAAAUGCCAGCAAGCUAGAAACCGACCUAAAGCAGUACCAAGCCCUCCAUGCCCAAAAAAUACAAGAAUGUCAAGCUCUUCGAGCAGAGCUUAGCCGUUAUACUCUUAAGUCUGCUUCCGCUCAAGCUGCAACGUCACCUCCCCGCCCGAGCACCACCGCUCCAACUAGAUUAAGCGAGCGGCGCCAAUCAGUUUCAUCAUCGGCGGCACCCCCGUACAAUGUACCAGCCAUGCCAUCUAUGAUCUCGCGUUUAGCAGCUACUCAUUCUCGAAGUGUCUCCGCUUCUGCUGCCGGAGUCCCAAGUCCAACGACACCCACACACGUGACCUCACCAUCAAUGAGGUCACAGACCCCAACGCAAGCGUCGAUGCUGUCAUCUCGCUUACAUUCUACGUCCCCCAUUCCACCCUCAAGACCGCGAACAAUCUCCAUCUCCGCGACGUCACCUCAAAAAACAACUCGUUUACACUCCGCUGAGCAGGAGAGGGAGCGAGGGGUUCACGAACGUUGGAUGCCGUCACCAAACGCAGCAUACGCCCCACCGACGGGCAAACCUGUCGCCUAUCCACCCUACUUUGGUUCAUCCCCACCUCCUGGCCGUAGUAGUCGCUCCUAAGAUUAGACAAUGCCCAAACGGCCAGUCGACACCAAAACAAAAAGUCGAAGACGCCGCAUUUGGGUGAUUUCGCGAGGCUAUCUUCCGUGAUCGGGAGUCAGGAUUCCAGGUACACAUUUACCACCCCAGAUCCACACGUUUAUGUCGCAAUGCAUUAGAUUCAUCUUC